AUGCUAGUAGGAGAUUUCAACUCAGUCGUCCUUCCCUUCGACAGGAACCGCCCUCCCAAAGACUUCGAGGCUCGUGAGGGCGCCUCUUUUGCCAAACUCAUGGAAAACCACGCCCUGGUGGACACCUUCCGCGAACUCUUCCCCACGCCGACCAACGUCUUCUCCUUCUUCAGGAGGCAACGUCUCAACAAUCCGACACCCCCUACCUCCUCCCAACUCGACAGAAUAUACAUCUCUCGAGCUUUCACUUCAUGCCUCACUGCGAGCCCGUACAUCCAGACCCGCACGGCAAUCACGGACCACCUUUACGCCCCGCUCUGCUCGCUUAGCUUCAUCAACCCCACGGUUGUCCCCCGCCCCUGGCGCCUCAGACAGCAUCUACUGAUGCGCCCUCAUGUCUCUCAAAUCAUCAACUCCUGCCUUGCAGUCUUCCCAAGCUCACCCUCCCCAGACUCCUGGGACGCAUGGAAGCUCGAUCUCACCCUUAACCUCAAACGCUUCUCCAACCAGGAAAGGCGCCACGUCGACAGCACAGUCGCACAUCUGGAACACACCAUUGGCUCACUUCAACGACACGCUGCUCACACACCCCUGACCCAGGCCAAGGCUAACCGCCUCGAACAAGCAAGACUCCACCUGGCCCGGUAUGAAGCCUCAAAAGCCUCUGAAAUCGCGCUCAAGGCCAAGCUGAAAGUGGAAGGGCACAGGGAAAUGGGAGUUUCCUCCCUUCUCUCUGGCCUUAACUCGCGAAUCAAGGACUCAAUCAUCAGCUCCCUGACGCUACCGAAUGGACAAACAACGUCGGAUCUACCCACCAUGACAAACAUGUGCUCACACUUCUUCCAGACACUUUACAGCGGAAACACCCCUGCCACUGUAAACACGGCCUUCUGGCAACACAUUCCUCCCUCCUCCGUCCCGAACCCCCUUUUCCUACGACUCGGCGCCCCCUUCUCUCUAGCCGAAAUUGGGAAGGCAUUACUCUCUCUGUCCCGAGGAAAAACCCCCGGCCCAGACGGUCUGUCCGGGGAGCUCUUUCGGCAGUUCGCCCCACGAUUCGCACCGGCCUUUCACUCCUUGCUCUCCCCUCCACAACCUCUCUCGCGCCUACCCCCGUCCAUGCUGACCAGACGCACUGUCCUCAUCCCCAAACGGGGCGACUCCUCGCUCGUAGAAAAUCUUCGCCCCAUCACCCUCAUGAACGCGGACUAUAAACUACUCGCGCUGUGCCUUGCCAACCGCCUCCAGCUUGUUCUUCCCCAGCUCAUCCACCCAUCCCAAACCGCCUUUAUCAAACACAGGAAAAUCGGGGAUACAAUCAACGACACCCUGGAUAUCAUGGAUUGGGCAGCAUUCUCAUCUAGCCCUCUCCUCGCUCUCACGAUCAACUUCCGAAAGGCCUGCGACCUAGUCGAUCGCCCCUUUCUCCUGCAAGCCUUAGCGGUCCUGGGAAUUCCAGCUCCCUUCAUACACUGGGUACGACUAAUGCACUCCGACACCACCACACGUAUCUCCAUCAAUAACAUGCUCGGCCCCACCUUCCCAGUCCGCACGGGCGUUCGACAGGGUUGUCCUCUGGCACCUCUGCUCUUCGUGUGUGUCAUAGAGAUCUUCCACCGAUACAUGUCCCUCUUCCUCCCCGGUUUCGCUCUAUCUCCUGUCCAGCGCCGACUCAUGGCGUGUUACGCGGACGAUGUCACUCUCUUCCUCACCUCGGACACAGAGCUCGGCCUUGCAGUGAUACUCCUCGGCGUCUUUGGGUCCGUAUCUGGGGAGGUACCCAACUGGAACAAAUGUUCCAUCAUUCCCUUCAAUAUCAACCCCACCGACCUCAUACACGCCGUCCCUAUCCCCGAGUUCUGCUCCCAACUUCCGGAGGAAUUCCAUGACGACGCAACUCGCCUCCUCCCGGACCUCAUCGAGGCUAUCAAGCCCCCCUGGUGGGCUGGACUCCGAACCCCUCACCCCACCUCUGCCUCCCCGGGAGACUGGUUCAUGAUCUCGGAUUAUCACUACCCCAUAUCUCACCGCGCUGUCCAUGUCGUCGACUUCAUCCCCCCCUCUACCGUUUCGGCUACCGUCCACCCAGUCUCGCCCGACCAUCGCAUCGGCCGCACCCCACUCAACACCGGGCUGUUCCGUUUACAUGACCUCAUCGAGGUUCUCCUGGCUCUUGGGAAAUCCGUUCCGACCACCAUAGUCACCCAUUGCAUAGAGCGUCUCCCCAGGCAACUGGCGGUUGUCCGCGAGGACAAGGAAUAA